AUGGGUUCGUCUUCUUCUGCAAGCCUUAGCAACUUCCAUCCGUGUUGGCUAUCGGUUCUUAAUCCCAUCAAGGACUAUGUUGCCUUUGAAAAGCCCUUCUUUGUUUAUUGGGAGAAAGAAAUUGGUUUGCAAUGCUGCACAUUUAUAGAUCCAGAAGGAAAUGCAUUCGAGAUACAACUGAAUGAACCAUUAUUGGCUGAAAGAAAGUUCCCUGCAGAUUUUCCACUGGAACAGGGAUCUAUCAUUUUCGAUGAUGCCUUUUCCCAUUUCUGGGGACCAAUAUUUGACUCCUCAAAUCCAGAUAUGUACCAGAAAGUUGAGAUGGUAGAUCCCGUGGGCAAGAAUUAUGAAGUUUUCAUUGAGGGAUCUUACACGGGAAGGAUAUUUGCUAGACACGGAUUAGAAAAAAUGGUAACCAAUUAUGAUCUACGUGAGGAUCACGUUAUGCGUCUGAAUUUUAUAGGGGAUCGCAAAUUCUUGUUUAGGAUAUUCUCUUUGACGGGAAAUGAAGUCAUUUAUUCCUUGGAUUUGAUCAAAGAUGAACCUACCAUAAAUGAGGAAGAUGGUUUAGAAAGAGAUUUUUACUACAAAACGACCAAGAAUUUAACCGACUAUGAUGUUAAUUCUUCUUCACUGUACUUGGAUUCCGAGUUUGCUUCAAAAGCGUUGGUAAAGAACAGGAAAAAUCAUGAACUUCGCAAUAGGAAUGGCGGUUCUUGGUCAUGCACCGUAAGAUGGGCCAAGAAAAGGACACACGAAUGCUUUUUAAGUUGUGGAUGGAAGAAAUUCUGUGCUGCAAAUGGAUUCCAAGCCGGAGAUGUUAUAACUUUUGGGGUCGAUAUAAAUCGAUCAAAUAUUAUUAAUGUUAGGAAGGAUUAA